AUGGCAACACCACCUACCCCACAAGAGGGAGCUUCACAAACACGACCACCAUUAUUUAAUGGCAAAUACUAUGGAUGGUGGAAAAAUCGUAUAAUGGAUCAUGUUAUUGUUGAAAACCCUGAUCCAUGGGGAGUAAUUGUAGAUGGACCAACUAUACCUAUGAAAACUGCAACUGAUGGAAUCACCAAAAUCCCAAAGGAAAGAAAAGAAUGGAAUGCUGAAGACAAGCUCGCAAUCCAAAACAAUGCCAAAGCCAAGAAAAUUAUGAUCUGUGGUAUAGGACCAGACGAAUACAAUCGAAUCUCGUCUUGUCAAGAUGCCAAAGCCAUAUGGGAAACACUACAAACCACUCAUGAAGGAACAACGCAAGUCAAGAAGUCCAAAAUUGAUAACUUGAACAGACAAUAUGAACUGUUCAGGAUGGCAGAAGGGGAGACCAUACAAGACAUGCAUAUCAGGUUCACUUCAAUCAUCAAUGAGAUGUACUCCUUGGGAGAGAUAGUUCCUAAUGGAAAGGCAGUAAGGAAACUCUUGAGUGUCCUUCCUGAAACUUGGGAAAGCAAAGUCGAGGCUAUCACUGAAGCCCGCGACCUAGAUUCACUGGCCAUGGAUGAGUUAAUUGGUAAUCUCAUCACAUACGAACUCAAGAAAAGCCAAGAAAAGGAAAUUGGAGGGAAAAGGAAGGAAAGGAACCUGGUUCUAAAGGCUACUGCAUCAGAUGAUUUUGAGGAUGAAAAUAUUGCCCUUAUAACCAAAAGGUUCACCAAAAUGCUAAAGAGAGGACAGGCCUUUCAAAAGAAAAUUCCUCAAAAAUCAAAUGAAAACACUAAAGCCCAGGUUUGUCAUAAAUGUCGAAGCCCGGAUCACUUCAUCAAAUUCUGUCCACUUUGGGCUUUAGAGCAAAAAAAGACAAACUCUGAGAAGGGAAAAGACAUCAAGAAAGAUAAGUUUUUUCCCUCAAACAGAAGAAUGACAACUCAAGAGGCAGAUAUCUCAAUGAAAAGGGCCUUUGCAGCAAUGGGAAAUUCAUCUGAUGAAGAAUCUGAGGAUGAUGAGACAGAAAACAAAUCCCUUCUUGCACUAGAACAAGAAGAUGAAUAUGACUUUCUUGCUCUUGUAGCAGUGGAAACCAAGGAAGAAAAGGAAACCUGCAUAUCACAAAAAAACAUAUUAGCACUCAUGGCUGGAUCAGAUUCUGAAGAGGACAAAGAAGAAGAAGAUAUGAAUGAAAAGGGAUCAGUGAGAAGGAAGCAACAACAAUGGUACUUGGAUAGUGCAUGUUCCAGACACAUGACUGGAGAUAAAAGAAGCUUUCUCUCACUCAAAAACAUCAAAGGAGGAAACGUCGCCUUUGGUAAUGGAAAAAGUGGGGAAACUCAGGGAAUUGGAAAGGUUGGGUCCAUGGAUACACAUGCAAUUGAGAACGUAUACUAUGUGAAUGGCCUACAACAUAAUCUAUUGAGCGUAUAUCAAAUAUGCGAUAAAGGAAACUAUGUUCUCUUUACAGAAAAAGAAUGCAGAGUAACAAACUCAGUGACUGGGAACCUGGUUCUACUAGGUAAGAGACACAAGAAUGUGUACAAAGCCAAGACUGUUGACUCUAUUGAAGAUACUCUUAAAUGUCUAAGUGCAAUCUCUGAUUGCUCCAUGCUCUGGCACAAAAGAAUGGGACAUUAG